ACAUAAACAUUUUCCAGGUGUAAGUACAAAUAUACAAGUAGUAUUGCAGACUUUGUUUCGCACGGUAGUUUUGAGGAUAACUCGGGUAUACAAGUAGCAUCUUGGAGGAUCAUUUGUAUCCUCUGUGUAUAUAAUGACAAAAAGAAAUUGAAAGUUGAUGAAGAACGAUAUUGUAAUCCGAAUCAACCAAUUCUGAACUCCAUCUGAGAUGGAGAGGUGUGUAACUGUCAUCACUAAACCCAUCUGUUCCUCCUAACCUAAUACAGUAUAUCUUUGAACAAAUGUCUGCGAUUCAAAGUAUUUCAUCUAACGUUGGCUGAAUCCUUGGAGGAGAAGAAAACAGCACUGAAGCUUUUGCCGAAGGUUAAUAAAACAGAAGGACACUCUGCUCCUAGUAAGGACAAGUGGAUUUUUACACCAGUUAUAAAAUGGGUGUUUCAGUUACUAUUUCUAGUAGCAGGACAGUGUUUGUGUGAUUGAAUUAAAACAGCUAAUCAAUCAUGAAAUAUCAUGCGAGUCUCCUUUGUGAUGUGUUACUAAUACUCUUAGAUAAUAAUGGAGCCAUAAAGCAUUGACAUAAAGCAUAAUCAUAGGCAUGUGCAGUGGUAAUUGUCUUCAUUUAAGAAACAGGAGAACACACAUGCCCACAUGAGCAUCAGCUGCAGUUUAGUCACCAUGGUAACCAUAAUCCCUCCUCAGUCCCUCCUCCCUUUAUUCCCCUCUCUCCACACCCCCUCUCCUCGGCUCCAAUCCGCAGACAGGAACAAGACAUGGGGUGGGUGCUGCUCCCAUCAUGCUUUGCGGAAUGAAGCAGGAAGAAGAACAUGAGCAUCCGAGUGGACGGCUGCACAGACAAACACAGUCUGAUGCUGCAUGCAGAGGCACCAAUCGGGGAGCUAUGGCUGACGUCGCUUCCCGUUCGCUCCUCUGGGCCUCUCUGGGAGCAGAGCUGACCACAUUACCCACUUCCGUUACGUUCCUCUCACCUCGCCGCCCGCCGUUACUCCCGAAGACCAUGGAGGAGGUCAACUUGGUCACGCCGCCUGCAUUGGAGCGCCGGGCUCGCCGGCGACAGCCCGCGGUUUCAGUCCUCAAGUCCAAGCUGAAGAAGAGCGUCACCUGCUCCGUCCCCAGAGUCCGGUCCGCCCUGACCGGGUUCUUCCCUGUCGUGCGCUGGCUGCCUAAAUACAAGCUCCGGGAGUACAUCUGGGGCGAUCUGAUGUCCGGGGUGAUCGUUGGUAUCAUCUUGGUACCGCAGGCCAUCGCCUACUGCCUGCUUGCAGGGGUGAAGCCAAUCCACGGUCUUUACACUUCCUUUUACGCAAACAUCAUCUACUUCCUCAUGGGGACGUCCAGGCAUGUCUCGGUGGGGAUCUUCAGCCUCAUGAGCCUGAUGGUUGGACAGGUGGUGUACAAGGAGAUGUUCCUGGCAGGUUUUGACCUCAACGAGGACUCCCCAGCGUCUGGCCCUGAUGUGGUUAAUGCCACGCUGGGAAACAACCUCACUGCCGGAAAACUUCACACCGUGGAGCUGAUGGGUCUGCAGUGCGGGAAAGAGUGCUACUCCAUCAGCAUCGCUGCUUCUCUCACGUUUCUGGUUGGCGUUUACCAGGUUUUGAUGGCCGCGUUCCGGCUCGGCUUCGUCUCUGUAUACCUUUCGGCUCCGAUGCUUGACGGUUUUGCCACGGGAGCCUCAUUCACCAUCCUCACCGUGCAGGCUAAAUACCUGCUGGGUCUAAAGAUCCCCCGUCACCAGGGCUACGGCACAGUUGUCGUCACCUGGUUCAACAUCUUCGCCAACAUUCACCAGACCAACAUGUGUGACCUCAUCACAAGCGCCAUCUCUAUCUUUGUUUUAGUGGCGGGGAAAGAGAUCCAGGAGCGCUACAAGGAUCGUCUUAAGAUCCCUCUGCCGACUGAGCUGAUAGUUGUGGCAGGAGCUACGCUGGCCAGCCAUUUUGGGGAGCUGAACAGCAAUUAUGGCUCCAGUGUAUCCGGCCACAUCCCCACGGGCUUCAGUCCCCCACAGGUGCCCAGCUUCAGUCUGAUGUCCCGGUUGAUACUGGAUGCCAUUCCUUUGGCCGUCAUUAGUUUUGCCUUCACGGUGUCGCUGUCCGAGAUGUUUGCAAAGAAAAAUGGCUAUACGGUUCGUCCCAACCAGGAGAUGCUGGCCAUCGGCUUUUGUAAUAUCAUACCUUCCUUCUUCCACUGUUUCACCACCAGUGCAGCAUUGGCAAAAACCAUGGUUAAGGACUCAACAGGUUGCCAGACACAGAUUUCCAGUCUGGUCAGCGCCCUGGUUGUCCUACUCGUCCUUCUCUUCUUUGCGCCUUGCUUCUACGCCCUCCAGAAGUGCGUUCUCGCCUGCAUCAUCAUUGUAAGCCUCCGUGGGGCGCUGAGGAAGUUCAGGGACGUACCGGCCAAGUGGCGUGCCAGCCGCACCGACGCCACGGUGUGGCUGGUCACCAUGUCGGCCACGGCUCUGAUCAGUGUGGAGCUGGGUCUUGUGGUCGGAAUAUUUUUUUCCAUGUUCUGCAUCAUCUUUGAGACUCAGAACCCUAAGGUCUCUCUGCUGGGCCGGGCCAGCGGCAGUGAUCUUUACGAGGACUUGGACGAGUACGAGAACCUUAUGCCGCCGCCUCGGGUUCAGGUGUUCCGCUUCCAGGCGCCGCUGUACUACGCAAACAAGGACUCGUUCCUCAAAUCCCUCUACAAAGCCGUUGGAGUUGAGCCUUUCUUGGAGCUGACUAAGAGGAGAAAGGCAGAGAAGAAGGCAAAAAAGAUGUCCUCUAAGAUGGUUGUUAUAGGACUCGGACUCGUACAGAGAGAACUGGCCUUCCACACGAUAGUCCUGGACUGCUCUGCGAUACCCUUCAUAGACUCAACAGGCACGGGCACAUUUAAGGGGCUGGUCAGUGAAUUUAAGGAGAUAGGCGUCAGCGUGCUCCUUGCACACUGCAACACCUCAGUCAUUGACGCCCUGCAGAAAGGACAAUUCUUCGGGAAAGAUGACAGAGACAUGAGCAGCCUGCUGUUUCAUACGGUUCACAUGGCGGUGCUUCAUGCAAGCAGCGCAUCCGCAGAAGGCAAGUCGGAAGACUGUUUGGUUUAGAGCAUCUGGAGGUAGAGAAGGUAUGCUGUUAUAUAAGGCAUGCUGUACAAUACUACAAGUUAGCUUUGAGGUCACUAUUCAGGGAGCUUUGUUCUAAAAAAACAAACAGGAAGGGUAUAGAUUUUUUGGAUGUAAUUUUUCCUGACGUAGUCAAGCUCCCUGGUUCGUUCUUGUUAGGUUCUGAUAUCUGAGGCAAAUAACACAUGAGUGUCACUCUGUCAAAGGCAACGCUACCGGCAAUGAAAGCUGUUUUGACUUUUCACAUCACUUGAGUCCUUUGGCCAAAGUCCAUGGUUACAACCCGAGUGUAAAGUGGUUACAACCCGCACAUGAAGAUUCAGCCGCCAGUUGCGUUACUUCCUGAUUUCUGACAUCGGAGCUCAAAACCCAGUUCGAGUCCACCUGACUGAAAGAAGAAGCACCAGUCCGCGGCGGUCACAGAAGCUUUCUGUGACUCCCGAGGAGUGCCUUUUCUAUCUCAAUGUCGCACAGAAACAGCCUUGGCUGAGUGACACCAACGUUUACUGAUCUUUGGUGAGCCAGCAACGAGGCCGGCUUUAGCUCUUUUCUCGUAAAGAUUAUAGGAAUUACACACAACUCUUUAUUUGGUGCUUCUAACUUUUAUAUCUUAACUGAUAGCAGCAGGUGAGGUCAGCAUUUUUAUUUUAAUGCUUUGCUACUUUCUUUCAUGUCUGUUGAAUCAAAUGUUUGUUUUUAGAUGACUUUCAAAAUCACAGAUUUUGUCUCUGUGAUUAAAUCACUGUUGUCGAAACUACCACAAUUCAUGUAAUACUUCAAAAACAAUGUAUUUUUAUUUAGAUUAUUGAUGAACUGCCAUUGUAUUAAGAUAUAGACAUUAGUGGUUGAACAUUUUGUAAACUAACAUUUUAUAUUUUCCUACGUUUAUUUUGUCAUCAGUUUUCACGUAUUGAUUUUAGAUUUUUUCACUUUUUAGAUUAAAACGUGUAGUCCGCUCGACUUUCAUCACUGAGUGUUCAACACUCCAAAAGUAUAUAGAACAAAUACUGCCUUAAUGUUCAAUACUUGCAUUAAACUGAUAUGUUUUUAGCCUGAGUCUUUGGCAUUAAGACCUUUACACAGCAAAGAAACAUCAGUGAAAAGAAGAAAAUGGUGCUUCAACUCCUUCACUACAGGGAAAGUACAACAAGGGAAAAUGAAAUGAUGAAUAUGAAUGAAUAAGACAACAGUAUUUUCACAGCGACUUUCUAUCAUUACUGUCUCAGACACCAUUUGCGCAAAUACUCAUUACUGCAUGAGGUGAUUUUGUGUUAUAUCAUUUUCUAGCACAAUAAUCAUACUAACAAAGUCACUGUGGAAAUAAAUUACAAUCAUUUAGGAUGUCAGCGUUGCCACCAGACAAGAGGAAGAUUUACAAAAUGAUUGUUUGUUUUGAAUAAAUGGGAAAAACAACUGA